UGUAGCGACAAGGCCGAUAUUCACUUGAGUGUCUUGUGUCAACAACCGUCCGAAAUACGUUGAGUAAAUUACAUUUUUUUUUUUUUUUGUGCGUAAAUCUUCGUAGUGUUCGUAGUGUGUAGAACAACAUCCGCAAACAUAUUACUGUUAUUGUACACGUGCGCCGUUGUUCAUUAUAAUAUUAUUAAAAUUGUUAUACGCACGAAUCGCAUCAAUUAUUAUUAUUGUGGGCGCUAAUCACCACUAAUUUUAAUUAUUAUUAUUGUGAGUGUGUUAAAUUAUUAUAGUUUUAGGUAUAGAUGUGCAGCUGCCCGGUCUGCGCUCUACCAAUUCUACAUUUGCCGCCACUACAGCGUUAGUUGAUUCUGAAAGCGAAGUGUAUAACACUAAUAAAGCGGUGAGAUUCUAACUGCGCGGAUCGCUCUUUUGAAUGAAGUGUCAACUAAAGCGGCUCUCAGCUGGGAACCAUCAUCAUUUGUAUCUUAUAUCGAAAACGAAUCGUCUUCGCCUAACGAGUUUGAAGAACUGUUAAAAGUUCAAAAGAACAUAAGUAUUGAAUCGUCAGAUUUCAUCAGUCAGUUAGCGAAUAUUCCAACUGCAUACAAGCUGCAGACUGCUGUGUUAGUAAACAUGAAUUGUCCAAUGGAAACAAUCCCGUCUAAGCCAGUAUCACUUAAAAGACAUAUGCAGAAUAUUGAUUAUGAUGACGAGUCUGAUGACAAUUCCCAAGACUCUGUAGACCAAAAAACCAAGUCCAAUCAGACGAACAAGCCGCCGUUGGCCAAAUAUAAAUGCAGACCACAAUAUUUAUCUAUGCCGGAAAUUAGCACUGAAUCUUUAAUAACUUCCGACCCAGAGACUACGGAUAUUAGUCCGAAUUACGAUUACCCGCAGUUAAAUUCGGACUGUUCAAGUAGUGACGAUGACAACACGGAUGACGAAGUUUCGGAUAUCUUGAUACCAGAGUAUGAGAUUUCGAAUUAAGUCAUUACAG